AAUUCAUUCAUUCCUAUUUUAAUAUCAUUAAAUUUCUACAAAACGGGCAAAGCUUCUUCUCACAUUACACUGUUUUGAAGUUAAAAAUGAAAAAAUCAAAAUCAAAAACGAGCACGGGAAAGAUUUCGAAAUGGAUGAAAUUCUUCACUGGUGGUAACAAAUCACCGGAUAGUCGAACAGAACCAGAGACUGCUAUAACUCCACUACCGCCAAGCCCGGCUCCUGUCACACCAGUACUCGAGAAUGCAAAACCAAGGACUAUCAGGAAACAAAAGAGCACGGCUGAAAUUGAAUUGGAUUCGAAACCUGCCGAACCGAAAAUCGUGAAACAACCUAUUCCUGCUGCAAAUCUGAAAGGUCAACUCGGAACAAAACGUGAGAAGAAGGCUGAAAAAGUGAAGAGUGAAUUGGUAGUUCCGCAGGCUGAAGCUCAGAAAAACACACCAAAAUCUGUAGUGGCAAGGAAAAAGGAAACGAAGGAAGCAAAGGAUGCAAAGGAAGCAAGGGAAGAGCUAAAGAAAGAACAGAAAGAGCAGGGUAGCGACUUUGAGGCAGUGGAUGGCCCAGCAACUCCUUUACUAACCGGUUCAAAAGGAAUAAAGGAUAAAAUGCGUUGGAAGAUAGAUGUGGAAGGUGUUGAUAUCAAGGGAGAUCAAAAGAUGACAGAAGUUCUUGAGAAGGUCUCCAUAUUGCGAUCGAGACUUGAAGCUCGGAAAGUAAAACUUUUGAAAGAAAAUGAGAUGGGCUUAAGCACGACAACUACAACUCCAACUGAGGAAGAACCGGAGCCCACAGAGGACACAAUCAUUAACUGUGCUCGAGCUCUUCAAGUUGUCAAACUUGAAUCUUUGAUUUCAAAAGAAAUUUCUGAAGCCGAUCAGAAGAUUCUUCGUGGAUACUGUCGUAGUGGAGAUCAAGAGGAAAAAGCUGAGAUUUCCAUUGAAAAGAUUGCAGUCGCUGUUUUAAAUGCAGUCGUUCAGAAGAAUGAAUUCAUUCGGCACGUUGUGGUUUCAGGAGAGUUAAGGAUGUUUGCAGUCGAUGAAAAAAAGGCAAAAGUUCCAAUGAUGGCGUUGAUGAUGGCUCGUAAAGAUCUCACUUAUGUUGCCUGGGCAAAAUGUAACAAGGACGUGGAGAACACUAUUGAUGGAACUUGGGCUGGUAUGGCGGUCAAGAAAGGCUCAGGAGCUCAAUCGAUUCAUAGCACUCCGUUUUGAGUUCAUAAAUCAAUAAAUUAUUUUUAUUCGAAA